AUGGCAAUUCCUGAAAAUUCAACAAUUAACGCGAAUAAUGGAGCUCGAUAUAGAACCGGAGUAGUCGGAAGCUCUAGAUCACAAUCAUCCUAUCUACCUACACCCUUCAGAUGGUCCUGGAUCUAUGUCGGUGGGAUUGAUUUUGACAGGGAUGGAAUAUUACUCUUUUGGAGUUGUGCGAUGGAGGUCGCAUUGGUAGGGAAGAACAAAUUGUGCCUAGUUGAUGGAUCGACAUCAAAGGAAGAUUUUGGUGCAAAAUUAGGAAGUCAAUGGGAUCGAUGCAAUGCCAGUAUUACUUCAUGGCUUAUGAGCAAUAAGAUAUGUGCCGCUUUCAAGGAGAGAUUUGACAAAGUGAAUGGAUCGAGAUUGUACUACUUGCACAAGGAGAUAUUCACUCUAACAGAGGGGAUUUCAUCAGUAUCGACAUAUUUCAUCGAACUGAAGGACCUUUGGGCAGAGUAUGAUUCGAUACUGCCACCUCCUCCAUCUGCUACUAAAUACAUUGAUCAAUUGGACUAUCAGUGGUUGCUGCAAUUUUUGAUGGGAUUGAAUGAUAGUUUUGAGCAAGCAAGGAGUCAAAUCCUAUUGAUGCCGACCUUGCCAUCUAUAGAUAAGGCAUAUGCUAUGGUAGUUCAUGAUGAAAGUAGGAAAAUGAUUGCUGGUAAUGCCUACGGACAAUCAGGGCACACUGAUCCUACAGCUCUCUUUAUUGCUCAUUCCACAUCUAGACCAAGGAGAAAUUACAACUUAGAAUGUGAAUUUUGUCAUUUGAAAGGUCAUACUAAGAAUGAGUGUUAUAAGCUAAUGAAAUGUGAGUUUUGUAAUAAGACAGGGCAUCGGAAGGAGAAUUGUUACAAGAUUGUUGGAUAUCCAUUUAACUUUAAGCAGAAGAAGAAAGCAAAUGCAGUGAUGAUUGACACAACUGGACAGCAGGACUUGAGAAAUCCACAAGCUACAUAUCAACCAGGGAGCAGUGUUGAAACUGCUCAACUCUUCACUAAGGAGCAAUACAACCAACUGUUACAAUUGCUGAACAAAAACUCCAUUGGAGAAGCAAGUGUCAACAUGGCAGCUCGACAAACUAGAGUGCCAUUUUCAACUAGUACUAGCAGAAGUUUAUACAGUUUUGAUUUGAUUCAUAUGGAUGUAUGGGGACCUUACAAAGUUGCUACUCAAAAUGGAAUGAGAUACUUUCUUAUGUUGGUUGAUGAUUCUACUAGGUGGACUUGGGUGUUUCUCAUGAGGCUUAAAUCUGAUGUUAUUUUCUUGCUUAAGAAUUUCAUUGCUAUGAUUAAGACACAGUUUGGGAAGCAGGUCAAAGUCUUCAGAUCAGACAAUGGUAGUGAAUUUUUCAAUAGUGCUUGUAAAGACUUGUUUCGGUCGCAUGGAAAUGUUCAUCAAAGCUCCUGUCCUUAUACUCCUGAACAGAAUGGGGUUGUGGAAAGGAGACAUAGUCACAUACUUGAAACUACUCGAGCAAUUAGAUUUCAAGGGCAUUUACCUGUCAGAUAUUAG